AUGCAUUGCGGCGCCGACACCGUGGGUGCAGCUGUCAAUCAGAAGCAAAUGACAGCUUCCAUGGCUUCUGCUGAAAAGAACUCUCUGACCGACCCGGAAUGCUCUGCGAAGCCCCAAUCGAUCCUGGAAGCCUGUCGACAGAGGGAUUUCGCCGCCCUGGUCACGCUUGCAACUUCGACUGGGGGUCUUUUGACCGACGAAUUGCGCCGGCAAGCUUGGCCAAUUCUAUUGGGUUGCACACCUGAAGACACAACACCGGCCCAGCCAGAGCACGCAAAUCAGCGCCGGUGGAAAUCACUGCCCCGUCACCCGGACGAGGAUCAAGUACAACUCGAUGUUGAUCGUGCCUUUGUAUACUACCCUAAAGAUGAAUCCGAACAAUCGCUCGAGCAAAAGAAGGCAGAGCUCUUUGAGCUGAUUGUGUCGACAUUGAGGAGCUAUCCAGUCCUCUCCUAUUUCCAAAGCUACCACGAUGUCGUACAGGUCCUCCUCCUUGUGCUGGGAAAACAUCAGGCAAUGCCUGCGGUUCCACGAAUUUCUUUGCUCCGUCUUCGCGACUACAUGCUGCCGACAAUCACCCCUGCGACGAGACAUUUCGAGCUUGUAUCGGCUGUUGUGACGGCCGCUGACCCUGAACUGGCUAAUCACAUUGCCCAGGCUGAGAAUAUUUUCGCUCUGUCGGCGACCCAUUCCCUGUUUGCACACGACAUCUACGACUAUGGCGACAUUGCCAGGCUGUACGAUUUCUUGCUUGCGCAUGAGCCAAUCAUGAGCAUCUAUUUGUUUGCGGCGGUUACAAUAUCGAGGCGAUCGGAGUUGCUCGAGAUGCCCGCGGAUCAGUCCGACAUCCUUACCUUUGUGAUAUCCAAGCUACCCCAGACUUUCGACAUUGAUGCACGGAUCCAGGAUGCCGUAACCCUGUUUCGCCAUCAUCCGCCUCAAAAGUUGCCGGGCUUCAUCUGGUGGCGCCUAUCCCGUUACAGCGUCCUCAAAACAUCACGCUGCAUUGCCCAUCCUCAGAGUCUGGAGGAGGCCACGGUUCUUUGCCAGAAGCAGAUCCAGCAAAUCCACAGCCAUGAGCUGAUGCGAAAGAGAGCACUGUUAUUGUAUAAGUAUCGGAAAUCCGCCGCAUCGAUGACCGCCGUAAUCUUAGUGGGCAUCUUCUCAAUCUGGUUGCGAAAGACGGGCCACGACAGGAUCUUGUGGUCCAUGAUAUCGACUGCGUCUACGCUUUUUUCUACCUCUCGAUAG